AUGGUUGGAGAAAUGCGAGAUGAUGAUGACAAGAACUAUGGAGGAUGUGAGGGCCCUGAUGCAAUGUAUGUAAAGCUCAUCUCUUCAGAUGGUCAUGAGUUCAUCAUCAAGCGAGAUCAUGCACUGAUAUCAGGGACUAUAAAAGCCAUGCUGAGUGGACCUGGCCAAUUUGCAGAAAAUGAAACAAAUGAGAUAAACUUCAGGGAAAUCCCUUCUCAUGUCCUUCAGAAGGUGUGUAUGUAUUUCACCUAUAAGGUGCGCUACACCAACAGCUCCACUGAAAUCCCUGAUUUCCCCAUAGCACCUGAAAUUGCAUUGGAAUUGCUAAUGGCUGCAAAUUUCUUAGACUGCUGA